GCAACACUGUUUCGAGUAAGCACGUAUAAUUUUAUACACAUGUAGGUCAAUGAAAAAAUGGCUUAGCACCGGAGUAAGCUCGUAUGUAUCGUGGCAAGGAACAAAUUUAUAAUUUAAAUGGCCUUCAGUGAUUUAUGUCACAUAGGUAAUGCGUACAAAACUGUUGAAAAUGAUACAGAUCAGUCGGAACGCAUUAUGGAAGAAAACUCGAUCGUACGAGAUCUCAUCACGAAGAUACUCGAUGAGACCGGACCCUCAGAAGGGGGCGGCCCUAUACAACCACCGGAAAAAGCUAUAAGCUCAAUACAGAGCUCAUACCCAAAAACCGAUACAGGAAACACCUCAUACAUACCACCGUCAUACAAUAACUACCAGAACAACUUGUACAACUACACUCAAAACGAUCAAAAUGGCUUUAAUUUCAACAUGCCGAACGGUUAUAACACGAACGGCUUCGUCAAUUAUCCAGACAACGACGUUAAUACCCUACUGGGCAUAGAACCUGUCGCAGACACCACAGAGACCGUCACGCCCGAACAACUAAACCUCUUGAGACUCGCCGCGCAAGAGAUCGGCGGCGCUCAAUUCACGAGUCCCAAAUUCGACGAUAAAUUCUACAACUACUUCGAACCUAACCAAAGAAAUUCGAUGCCGGAGACGAAUAUGUUCAACGCGAACAACUUCUCGCGGCCCAACAGUCUGAACUUGGACAUGAAUUUCAAUUCGAACUACGAUUUCAACCAAAGGUUUCCGUAUAAGGAGCAGAAUCAAGAUCAGACGGAAAUAUUGUCGUAUCUAAACCAACUGAACAUAUCUCUAGAUAGGAAUAGGGAAGAGAACGCGAUAAAUAACAUGGAUUUCAAGAUGCCGUUGGAUUUAAAUUACCAGAACGAUUUCAACAAAAUGAACGAUGAAAACAAAAUGUUCUAUCGGAACUAUCCGAAUAAGAAUUUCGAGAAUUUCUACGAAAUGAUGCAGAUGAGUGAAAGAAGUCCGAUGGGGCAGAAUCAGAAUUAUGAUUUCCAGAAUCAGCAACAGAAUUCGGUGUACAAGCCGAAUGGGUUCCAUCAGAAUGAGUUCAUGCGACGCGAUAUGAAUCAGAUGAUGCCGCGCGAGGGCUACCAACCUAACGGCAUGAAUGAGAGGAAUUUUGAUAAUGUUGGUAGAGACAACAUGCAACAGGCAGCUUUGAUGCGACAGAACCAUGAGUUGGCUCGACAGAUGAGCCUGUUGAUGAGGAACAGGCCGCCGCCUAAUCAGUUGAAUGUAGAUGUUUCGUUCUUGCACGAGAAUACGCCAUUCGGUCUUGGUCUCGGAGCGUUACUAGGUCCAAGCCCUCCGGUGCCGCCUCCAGUGUUACCAUCUCCAAUGCUGGAUCUACCGCUCCUAGCGCCUUUCUAUGCCAUGAGGAACAUGCGUGGUGUAGCAACUUCAUCAAGUAUAUUACACGCGAGGUUAGAUGCAUGUUACGAACAGUGGAGGCAGUUGGAACGGGAGCGCAAACGAACUGAGGCGAGGCUUGCUCUCGCCUACCCUGGCCGGGCCGUCUCCUCCUCCAACUCGAUCCCCGUCCCGCGCCUGCCUCCCUGCCCCACCAGGGUCGACAGGCUCACCGUGGACAUGCUCAGAGAGCAUACUAAGGUAUUAACUCUGAUGGGCAAGAUGGAAACAUUACGGGCGAGUGUGUGCGUGGCGCAAAACAAGAAACCCAACAAAUCCGAAGACCCGAAGAUCACGGUCCUCAAGCGUGGACAAGAGAACGUGGCGACUGAGAAAGAGACAGGUAUCGACCCGGCUACCUUCGACCCUUCUACGUGGCGGGAGGAUCUCAAGAAUUUGGUCGACAUCGCGCCGCACGGCGAGGUGGAGGGCGCCAUGGUGUCGUGGCGCGGCGCCGUGGUGGCCGUGCAGGCCGCGCGCCGCCGCGAGCUCGCGCCGCACCGCGACGCGCGCGAGCGCGGCCGCGCCGACCCGAUCCUGCAGCUGGCGGAGGCGGUGCGGCAGCUCGGCGCGUGCGCGCGGCGGGCGCGCGCCGCCAUGUGGAGCGACCUCACGCUCACCGUCGCGCUCGCCACGCAGCACCAGGGCCGCGCCAACACCACCACCACCAGCACCAGCACCACCAGCAACGCCACUGAGGCCACCACUAGUGAAAACGUCCAAAAAAGCAAUGCGCAAGCGCCGACGAUAAAAGCGACGCCAGAGAUCAACGCUAGCACAUCAACGCAGAACAACUCCAAACAGACGACUAGUGAUGCUAAAGAGGAGAAACCAUCAACAACGGAAACAAAAGCCGAACCAAAGCCGGAAGCAAACAAGCCGGCGAACAAACAGACAGACAAAGACAAGAACCGUCGCACGCAGUACAGGAAAGUGAACGGCAGGAACGACUUCUACCAGAAGAACCAGAGGUAUGACAACCGCUUCAUGCACAACCGCCAUCCGUACCACUACCUGGCGACGGGGCCUAUAAAUUAAUUUUAAACGAUGCGUGAUAGUUUUAUUUGAUCACAAUUGCUUGGCUCGACAAAAAAAAAAAAAAAUAGGGCGCGUUCGGAAACUUGCGUUAAAAUAUUUCAGAUUUUAAUGAAAGGUGCGUUCAAAAGUUUUGUUAAAACCAGAUAAUAGUUUAGUACUGAGCGAAUAAGGAUUUUGUUUUUUAUUAAAUUGCAUUGUAUUUUCGAACAAAUUUCAGAUAUGUCCAAAUUGGGACACUUUAAUACUGAAAUAUUGUCGCUGCAAAUCGUUUGUGAGCUCAUGCCUGCAAUAUGCAAGUUGAGCAACAUUUUAGUCAACUUGAUAGAAAUACAAAGUUGGUGAGAACUUUCUAGAAUUGUCAACAUAAACGAUUUGUAUCGAUAAUUCCAGGAUGACAAAAGGAAAUAUCCAAAAGUAAAUACGUAAAAUGUAUGGACACUAUUAUGUCAUUUAAAACAGUGUGACAUUUAUACUUACUGUUAUAAAAAAACUUGAUUCUCAUUUUCCUGCCUAUUAUCUCUCUACUACACUAAUUAUUCUCAGACUGAAAAACAAUGUUUUAAUUUCAUGAUUGUGUCCUUAAAAUACAAUAAGAGUAUAUUGAAAUGUAAGCCAGCGUAGCGAAAGCGAGUGUCAAGGCACUUUUAAAGUUAAAAACUUUAUUUAACAAUAGGGGACCUAUGCUUGAUUUUGUACAUUAUUCUAUAUGUAAUGGUUAUUAAUACGAAAAAGAAGCCCUCCUGCGAAAACUGAAUUAAAAUUGGUUGAAAAAUGAGCCAGUAAUUCAUAUUUCAAAUAUUGUGAUGUGCAGAAGUAGGCACGUUGUGGGGAUAUCGCUUCAUCUCUUUCUUUCGCACGCGACUAAUUCCCGAUGACGUCACAUGUGUGUAUUGGCGUCUCUUUUCUGCUUCUUGUUACCUUCCACCGAAUUUGAAAGACUUAUAACUUGAUUAUUUACCGGAUUUUAAUAAUUCCUUCUGUAUUAUAAUGUAUGUAACGUAAAUAUUUGAUAAUAGUAAAGAACAAAAAUUAGUUCGGUUCCCUAUUGUGUCCAUCAUAUAGCCAAGAAUUUUUAUGAAAGAAUCUCUAAAUGUGUAUUACUUUACUGAAUGUGAAAAAAUAACUUCCUGGUCUAUGAAAACAUAAAUAACAUAUUGUUAAUUACAUUAUGUUGUAACACGGUGUGUUAAAAGUAAGAUAGGCAAAAUUUUGAUACCACAAUAGUAGCUGGCAGUUUUUUUAAACCAAGAAAUCAAGUCACAAAAGUAAUAGAAAACUUGAAUGCAUAGAAUUUUGCCUAUUUUUUGACAAGCUUAACACAAAUGACUGAUUUAUUUAAAGUUCCUAAACCCUUAAUUUGGUGUUUAUGAUCAAAAUAAUGCUAUCACGUAUUCAUGACUACGUUCGUGUCAAUUUAAUUUUCAUUUUAUUUCUAAGGCAGCUAGAUUCAAAACAGCACAUUACUGUGCUAAGUACAGCAAAUUUUGCGAAAUGAGACUUAUGUGUAUUGUUUUAUGCGUGAAAGUACAACGCAAUACGGACUUGUCCAAAUAAUUGUCCAAAAUAGACAAGAAAUCAAUUGUAAUAAUACACAAGUCUGGUUGCAAUUCACUCAAAAUGUACCAAAUAUUGGGCCAACGUUUGACCCAAAACUUCCAAUGUGCGUUAAAUGGUAAUAAUACCAAAUACGAAUAAUGUGUUUAAUCGUUUUGAAUAGUUCAAAUAUGCGGGCCUGAGUGGUCUAAUAUCCAAUCUAUGGAUAGAGUAAGUCAGCCUCGCAUAGGCUGUUAGAGGAAUAUAGCCCUUAGUGAUUUCCUAUGUCUAACAAUUUAAGGGGCCUUUUUGACAUGCUUAACGAUAGGAUCUGAUUGGACUUAAAUAUACGUAAAGAAGCCAAAUGUGGCGCGAAGCCAUCGUCAAACACGUUGCAAAUGAACGUAUAAAAAUCAUAUCAACAACAACAAAGUUAUUAUAAUAAUUACGGUAUACACUCUUUGGUAGAGAUGCAUUUAUUAUGUGUACAUACGGUGAAAUUGUGUUUUCUGAUCGCUAGAUGGCGCUGUUCAUAGUUUGUUUUGUGGUACUACCCUACAAGUACAGAAAUUUGUACAAUGCUUUCCCAUUUUUUAACCCUCAAACUAUAUUUUAAAACAAAAUUACUUUUUUUUAUUUAAGCACAAUUUAAUGAUUGGGGUAAAAACACUUUGGGGUAGAUCAAACAUAAAAUGAAUGUUUUUUUUUUAUUUUUCACCGUGUGUACAGCCAAAAGGAGAAAGUGUACGUAAUAUCAAGACUAAAACAGGUAUAUUAAGAGACCACGUAUAUUAAUAUAUGAGAAAAAUAAUAUAUAAUCAUUCUAUAUGUGUGUAGAGUUAGAAUCGCCGUUAUCCCUACACCUUUCGCGUAUUCGUGCUUUGCUCGGUAUAAGUAUUACUCGUUAAUUGGCUAGUUUGGAUAACACUUGCCAACACUAUUUUUAACGUUCGGUGCGGGCGUUAUAUCGAAAAUAAACCUUAUCCGUGUGAAUAUGUGGUGUAUUUUACAUCGACGUCGUUGUAAAAAUGGUACAAAUGUUAGAAUGUUGUAGAAAUUUUAUUCGGACGAUAACAAUAGUAAUGUCCCCCGUAAUUAUCCUGUUUCUAGUCAAUGAGCAAAUGUUGGCUGAAUGUUGCGUUGCGCUCGCACCGGACGCGUGAAAAAAUAUAAACUAUAAGCUGAGGUCGGGGGUAAUUUUGUGACGUGUGUGGUGUAUUUUACAUUUUGAUUUAUACUUCAUAGUUUGGCAAAGUAAAAUAAGUUCUCUGAUGCGCCUAUUACGAUUCCCAAUCGUCUGGCAUUAAGCUAUUAGCUAUCAAGUAUAAAAUGGUAUGAAGCAUAAAUAAGACUCAAAUGUCGCUCACAACUCACAAAACCACCGCUGCGACUUCGGACUUAAUUAAAAAUGUGAUGUUUCUACGUAUAGAUAAAACUAGUUGACACUAUUUUAUUAUAUAUCAAAUUUCGUGCGAAUAACAAAUGAUUUGUGAGGGAAAGAGAUAUUAGUUACAAUGAAGUUAUGAACUUAGCGUAUAAGUGUACCGGUGUUUAUUUAUUUGGUAUAAUUCGGAAAUGGGUCGGUGUGGUUUAUUUCGUCAAUUCUCGCGUAUAUAUUGAUCGACGCGAUGUUGGUAAUCGUGUAACGAAUGCGUUACAUUGCACCCUGUGUUCUCUAUCCGCUUAUAAAUGUAUGGCGAAGCCAAAUGUAUUUAGAAUUAGGGCCAAAAUGAAUUGACUUGUCUACGGUCAAUCGGUGUAGUUCGUGUAAGUCAUUAUUUGCAUACGUACAAUAGUCAAUAGUAGAGAUGCGGGUAGCGUACUACGUAGUUCAUAUCGAAUACGCUGGAUGCGUCAAUCGUAUUAUGCAGUUCGUAUAGGCUACGCUAGAUCUGUGUAGCGUACUACGUAGUUUCUAUUGGCUACGUUAGAUCUGCGUAGCAUACUACGUAGUUUCUAUUGGCUACGUUAGAUCUGCGUAGCAUACUACGUAGUUUCUAUUGGCUACGUUAGAUCUGCGUAGCAUACUACGUAGUUUCUAUUGGCUACGCUAGAUCUGUGUAGCGUACUACGGAGUUUCUAUCGGCUACGUUAGAUCUGUGUAGCGUACUACGGAUUUCAUAUCGACUACGCUAGACCCUUGCAGUGUACUGCGUAGUUCGUAUCAGCUCCGCUGGAUCCAUGUACAUUACGUAACGGCUACGCUAGAUACCUGUAGCAUGGAUACAAAAUGACUUGCUACGUUUGCAGAUUCGAAAUGCGUACUACGCUUGUUGCGUACUCGGCGUGUACUACGCCGCUCACAUCUACGAGGUAGGAAACCGGAUGCGUGCUACAACGCUCGCGUUCAUAGUAAACAGUGCACAAAUCUGUCAUUUGAUUUAAUGACAGGAAACAACCAAAUUGAUUUUUUAUAGGUUUAAUUCGACAUCUUCCAUGUUUCGUUCUUUAGUUUUAAGAGUUUAGUUAAUAUUUGUUGUGAAUUUUUAUUUCUUUUAUAUCUCUCCAUAUUCGUUCGCUUAAAAUGACACAGUCGCGUGACCGGUUUCGGUGAAAUAAUAUUACCUAAUAAUAAAUAUACUUAUUAUUGACUCUAAAAUGUUUAAUGAAAUCAUCACCUUAUGAAAUUAACUGAUUUAUUUUUGUAUUGAUGUUUAUUUGUUUUUUCUUAUUGAACGAUGAAUUUUUUGACCACGUCUAUAUCUUAUAAAUGAAUUAAAUUCUAGGCGUUACUAUUUCUUAUAUUUACGGCCUAUAUUUCUAGUGGAAUACACAGUAUAUUUAUGUCAUUAUUCAUUUAUUAAAUUAAUUCUCGAUCUUCACCGAAACCGCUUAACGCGACGUACAAAUAAAUAAAAAAAUAAUUUAUUUAAUUAAAUUUAGUGCCUUUUUCGAUAUCUUAUGCAUGCAUCCUGUUGAAAUUGUAAGUAUAUAUCCUGAUGCAUGAUGUGUAUAAAUUUUAAAUUGUUGAUGAUAUUUUUUUGUUUUCAUGACAUUCAAAAUGGCAUUUUUCUCCAAUAUUGUUGAACUUAGUAGGUACUGGCUUAUGAUGUGUGGUAUCUUAAAUAGUAUAAAAGAAAAACACUUUAACAAAACAUAUAAAAAUAUGUUUUAUAAAACUAUUAUUUUACAAAAAAGUUGGCAGCGCCAAACUUUAAUUCCCAAAUAAGGUAUCUUAUAAAUGAUUACAGAAUUGCUUCAGUAAUCAUUUGUAAGCAUCUUCAUUUGUAUAAAGCAAUAACUAUUGCUUUAAUUGUUGUAUUGUUUUACUGCUAUAGUAAACAAAGAAAUAAUAAUUAAGAAAAGCAUAAAAUACCCCACACAUUAUAAGUUAUUACUAAUAUUUAGGGGGUUGGUGUUACCACCAAUACAUAAAACAACUAUAUUACUCAAAUUCAGUGCAAUAUUUUAUUUAUUUGCAACACUUUAGUGUAUUAACCAUACCAACAUACCCUACACAUAGAAGAUUAGGGGUAAAAUGGUAAUUUUAAUAUAAGUUUUGAAAUCAAGGCCGGUAUAAACUUGAUCUAAAUGGAUGCAUCCUGAUUGUCUGUGGUUGGGGCAAGCCAUUUCAUUACUAUUAUGGCUUUAAUAGUUAUAGAUUGCUUUAAAUAACAUUUCAAAUAUCUGGUCUAACUGUGGCGUAUAUGGGGAAUAAAAUAGUUUACAGCUUUGUUCCUAUUUAGGUCAAAAUGAAUUUGGAGUAUUGUUCCCCAUUUUUUUAUUUAUGUUUAAAUAUCUAUUUCUAUCGUAUAGUGUAACAAAUGAAUUAAUAAAAUCAACACCAACCCCGGUGACUUAGCGAAACGCUUCCAUAUUUAGAUGUUUUAAAGAUAUAUUAGUACAAUGAAAAAUCGCACUUAGCUUUUAUUCUAGGUGUAGUCCAGAGUUUUUAUUCUUGUUUUUAGUAGAAUAUAAGCGCAACAUAUGAAGUUUAGUUUUUUUUUUCAUGAAUAUAAUUAGUUUGUAAUUUUAUUUCAAGAGUACCUUUAUCUUAUCGGUGACCGACUCUCAGUAUUUUAGGUUGUGGCUGGGCCAAUGGUAAAAUGUUAAUACCACUUAUUAUUAUAUUUUCGUUUUAAUUUUUACAGUUUGAUAACUUGUGGAAUAAAGUAAAAUACUCUGGUAUAUGUUAUGGUACCUUUUGUCACUUCACUGAUUGAAAAUUAGAUUUUUUUAUAAUAAAAUCUAUCAACCGCUUGCUAUCGUUAAUAAUGGGGUAUUAUAUAAAAAAAACAUUUGCCCAGCCACAACGAUCCGGUACUACAAUGAUUUACUAUUUUUUCCAACGUUGCCAUAUAACAGAAACUGUUUACCUCAAAAUCAAAAUGUCGUGCAAAAUCAUUCGCAUUGUGAUUAGGGAUUUUUAUUUAUCUUGAACAACGCGCAAUUGUUACGGUACUUUUAAGAUUGCACGGAAUAGAAAAAUAUAGAUCAAUUGAAAUGGCUGAGUUUCAGCUGUCACAAAGUGUUGGCUGUACUGAAUUUGAUGCAAACUAUCAUUUGGGAUUAUUACAGAUAUUUUCGGAUCUCAAGGUCGUUCAUUUUGUAACUAUAUUUGUACACAAAUAUUGCGUUUUGAGUAAACAGAAGGUAUAUUUAUGUCUGACUUAUUUAAAAACAUAAGCUAAAUUAUUUCUAAACCCAGAGUGACAUGUAUUUACAUUAAUUAAUAUUAAAACUUCAAAGGGAUAAAAAUAGUUACUAAUAGUUCUGUACCCACAGAUAUGAGUUACAUCGAGAAUCUAAAAGAAAAUGACUUAAAUAUACGCAACAGUCACUUAUUUAUUAUCAGGGAUUCAAUUAUGUAUAACAUGUUUCCAUAUAUAAUGUACCUUUUGUUGUAGUGUCUACAUUAAUCAGCAUUUAAAUUCAGAGUAAGCUACCCGAACAGAACUCAUCAGAAAGCAUUAAUAGUUAGAUUUAAGGUAGUAAUUGCGUAAAACAAAUUCAGUUCGGCCAAAAAUUUAUUACAUAGUUAAUACAAGAGAUGAAUUUAUUUAAAAUUUAUUUAUUAGAUGAAAUAUUAUUUAUAUUGUUGGCAUUGGCUAUGAGUUGAAUUCAUUUCGGAUUUAAUUUUUCAAUUAGUGUAAAUUAUUGUAAGGACAUUCUUAAAAGUGCCACUGUAUGCUUCUCUCGAAUUAUUUAGCAAAGUUUGUGGUAUUGUCUUUCUUUGUUAUUUGAGAAGUGUGGACAAAAUGUCAUUAUUAGUAUGUGAAAAAAGAAACAUUUACUCACUCGUCGACACAGGCGUAUUGUGGUAAUUAUGUACCCCAAAAAUAUAUCAAUGUAAAUUGUAUUUACAUCUUUUACCUAUAAAGUUUAGAGCCUGCAGUUCAUUAUAUUAAUUAAUACUGUAAAGUGCGUGGCUUAGUAUAUCACUUAACAGAAAGACAAUGCCACCAAACAUGCUAGCCAACGAAGCCUAAAAUUAUUGGUUUAGCUCAAUAUCGUUCCUUCCGUCCAGUUUCGGAAUUUUCACAUAGCAUAAGCUUCCUAAACGCAUUUCUAUCCGAAAAUGAAUAGUAACAUAAAAAAACUCCACGCUUGUUUUUCUAACAUUUACUAAUUUAAGUUUUAAAUAUAUGAAAUUCGUAAAUUCUCGACCAACGCUUACAUACAGCAUAUCUAUAAGAAUUAUUGUGUGAUAACCUAAUUGUAAAUCCUUUAGUCCUUACGAAGAUGUUUUUUCUAUAAUACCAAAACUCUGUACUUAAUUUAUAUAGUGGACGCUUAUGGGUAUAUAUUAAGUGAACGUAAUAUACCUUAGCACGAAAUAUGGUACGUCCUUCUCAGAUAUGAAUCGCUAUCUACAUAUGUAAGUAUACAAUGAGGUGCUAGUACGGGACGCGUUGAGAAUCGUUGGUGUAGAUAGUGCAUUCUAUAGCGAUCUUGUGCUUAGUUGAAUGGGGUAAUUUUGGUCCUUUUUGUCUAAAUGGGGUAACAUUGGCCCUCUGAGUAUAGUGAUACCCCAUCGAAUAAUUAAAUUUCCGCAAUGCAUAUUAUGUAUUUUGAAGCUUGAUCAGUGAAAUACUAAUAAAUAUUGGGGUAAUGAGGACGAAUUGUUUUCUUACAAAUUGCAUAAUUUUUCUAUUUAAAGGAACAUUAUUUUUAUUAUUAACAUUUUGUCUGCUUUCAUUGCGCAGUGAUGGCUAACUAGUUCAGUUUAUAUUAGCUUUAAGGCAUAAGCGUUAACCCAUUCUGCCGAGUAAAGCGGUAAAUGUCAGGACCAAUAAUAAAAUAGCCCUUAAAAAUACGAAACUAUUGAUAUUUCAAUACUAAAAUACUAAACAUUUCACUAAGCACAAGCAUCAAUGAAAGUCAAAUAUUUACCUAAGAGAACUUAUACGAACGCUAGAAUUUUGUAGUUAGAUAAUAUGCAUGAUCGUGGUAUGUAUAGCGGUUGUUAUAUUUUUGUUUACACUUUUAUUUUUUUGUUUAGUAGUCAAUGUUUAGAAUGAGAUUUGUUAGGACCUCACUCCGCAGUCGACGCGCGGACGUCGCGUCAGUUUUUGCUCCACAAAAUCCUGAACGUACAAAAAGUUUGACUCACUACGCUAGAUUAACUUGGCUAGGAUGUUUUUUUAGAAUGUAGACCAGUUAGGAAAGGUUAUUCGCAAGACUGGAUAUAAUGGUUCUUUAAUUUAUUUCGUCCUUUCACGCAUUGGAAAUAAAUUUUGAUCGUCGUUAAAGGGCAUUUUUGCAUUGACAAUUUAGUUUUACUGUACCUGAAUAGUGCAGCGCGAGUCGGUUGCUAUACUUAUGCUGGCCUGCAAAAUCGUCCAUGGUCAAGGCUUUGUGGAAAGGGGAGAAGGGGAAAUUAGGCUCGUUCUCCAAAUGACAUGUUUUUUAAUUCAUUUGAUAAUUUUAGUUUUAAUAAAGCAAUUUAUCUUCAGCUAGAUGUUAGGGUUUUGGUCCUUGUUCGUUUAAACGGGGUAGUUAUGGCGUCCAUAUUCCAAUGUGUGAAAGGUGUAAGGUUGGAUUCCACAUUUGUUGUCUUUAGCGGUCAUUCGCCGCACUUCGCGUUUCACGAUGUUCCUGUACACAGUCGCUUCUGUCUCGAACCAUCGGGAUACAUUGAUUUAUGUGAAUGUGGAUCAAUAUUAGAGCUUUAUCGAAUUUGAUAAUAAUUUACGGAUGAAUAAUAUUUACAAAAAAAAUAUAUAAAAAAAAAAUUAAAAAAAUAAAGUAUCGACGUGUUAGAAGAGAAUUCACUGUUAGAUAGAUAUUCCUGCAAGAUUGUGUAAUGUAGUUGAAUUUUUUAUCUAUUUUAAAACGAUGCUAGAUGUUUAGAGGGGAAUGGGGAGUGUUUGCCACUAGUUUGAGGUUAGGUUAGGUGGAUACGGCCCUAAAGCUUAUAGAACGAAUCUAAUAGUUAAAUAAAUGUUUUUAAAUAUUACUGUGCAUGGUUAUGAAUCCUCGUUUAGAACAAAUUUGUAUUUAGCAUAAUCGUUGUGCCCCUUUUCCAUUAGUGCGGUGUACGUGUUAUAUCGACGUUGCAUCGUUGCACAAAAUACUCUUUAAAUUUUUAAUAAAAAAAUAUUUAAAAAAAAUCCCACUUUUUAUACUUGUGUACCGGCGGGGUAUGGCCACGGUUUUUCGUUUUAUAAUAGUCGCGUAUAGUAUUUGUAGUAUGAGUGGACAAUAAAGGUGGUUAGUCUAGCCAAUGUGAUACGUUAUGGGUCACGCGACCCGUUCGGUCUGCCACCACGUUUUUUAACUUACUCUAAUAGAUUUAAGUUUUAACAUCGCUUCUGAAAGUUGUUGCCGCCGCUGCGGUGUUUUCUAUACGAUAUUAUAGUGGAUUUUAAUAUAUUUUGAGCCAUUGUUUAGUGUGCAUAGUGAACUAAUAUUUUUGCUACUUCGAAUAUCGUACAGUGAACGUUUCUGUCCAAUAAAGGAAUGGCAUCACGUUUUGCGUUUGUUUAUUUUUUUUUGUACACGCGAGGACCAAUCUGGUUUAAACGUUAUGUACUAUGAAAAAAAAAAAACAAUAAUGAAAUGGUAAUACAGGAUUUAUUUUGCCAGUUCCUCUUAAAUGUAAGUGAGAAUUUCUAAAAAUAUUUAAUAGUCUGUAAGUGUUGGUAUAUUAUUUUUUACAUUGUAGUUGUUCCGGUGUAAGUACAGAAGUAUUAAUUCUGAUAUAUUUUCGUUUGCCACGCCCCGUACCCCGCGCGGGGAGCGCCUUUGGAUUUGUUUAGAGCUAAAACAUGUGUAGUUAGUUCUUAACUGUGGUGCUGAAUGGUAUUGACACCAAUAUGUUUAUAUUUGUUAAUUUGUAACUUUAAGCGUAACGGUGAAUGUAUUGGGAUGGGUGCCGAUUGGAUUUCUUGUCGUUUUUUAUUGUUUUUUUGUAAGUCAACGCAUUUUUAGACGUAAUGAUAACAAUACAUAACAAUUGAUGUGUAAAAUGCGAUGCGAUUUUUCAGUAAAAAUUGCUUUGAUAUUUUUUAAAGACAUGAAUAAUUAUUUUGUGAUGAAAUGUGAAAAGGUGGUUUAAUUCUCGGCGUGUAAAAAUAAGAAAAAUGUUUGAUCGGCACCGAACAAAGCAGCUUUUGUAAAACAAUUAUUUAAUAAAAACAAAAUGAAAUCUCACUACAUUUGAUCCGUUGAAAUAAUGUAUUAAUAUAGAAAAUGUUUCCGUUUUUUUUAUGUAUACGUGAUGUAUUAACAUGAGGAAUGUAUUGGAAAUGUGUUUCAUUGAGAUCUAUAAAUGUUUUGUCAUGUAGUAGUAUUGUAAAAAUCUUAAUAUCGGGGUGGAAGGAAAUAUAUGUUUUGGUACGGUUAGCAGCAAGAACCUAUCCAAUUGUAUGACAACCAUUGUAUAAUCCAUAUAGUAAUUUAUAACUAUUUAUAAUUUCCUGAUCUUUCACACUGCUUUGCCUUAUUAUAGAAAAAAUACUUGGAAAUAUGAAAUUACUAUUUAUAGAUCUCGACGAACAACUUAGCAAAUGCCUAAUAUUAAUUCGAGCGAUUUAAGCCUUAUUUUCACCAGCGAAAACGCCAAAAUGGCGUGCGCUCGCUGUUAACGCUUGCCGUGGCUUCAUCGCGAUGGGUUAUUUGUAGCAUUUUCUCGUAUACUACACACUGCCACUACAGCACGUUGGGUUUAUGUGUACCGAUAGCAAAAUAACUGUAAGUGGAAGAAUAUGGUUUUUUUUUUUACUCUAAAAUAUUGCAUAUAUGCAUAAUAACAUCAUUGUAAAGAAAAAAAACUCUCAAUAUGUAAAAAAAUACUGGAUGAAUCAAAUCUAUGGUAAAUCCUUCGAAAACGCCACCAAAAGGUAAAAAUAAAUACUUGGAUACUAUUUUGCCAUCAAGGUUUUAUCAUGCACAUGAUUUUAUUUUGACCAAUAUUAUUAAAAAAAAAAAGCUUUUCUACUUUUUUUUUGUCAUUGGCUAUAUUAUGUAAUAGUAAGUACGCAUAAGACCCAACGCAAUAAGCCUGCAUUAAUUUUUUUAUUAUUGUUUCUUGUUAUAGAUUUUUUUUUUUUUGUUAUUUAGAUACGCUUUGUAGGCGCAAAACCACGUAUAGAAUUAUUAUAAAACAAAAAUAUAUAGAAUAUCGAUCGCUAGUCCUUAUCUCAUCGUAUGAACUUUGGAUCUGUCCGUGUAAAUUUAAUAAAAAAAAAUACUAAAAAAAAUAUAAAAUAAAUGGAAUAAUAGGUGUUUUUUAAGAUACUUAAUACAAAACAUUACUAUCUGUGGUGAAUAUCGAAUUUUAUGAGCUUAUUAAAUAACUUAAUUCCGUGGUGUAUGGGUAUAUCGUGGUAUGCUAAAAUAUAUGUACUGUUUUGAUAGCGCGCGUCUUGAUGUAUAUAAUUUGAUUUUGCAAAGCGAAAAAAUUGUUUAGGUCCUGCCUCGGAAGUUAUGAGUACACGUAGUUUACAAUUAGUAUUGUUUACGAUUUUUUUUACCAAUCAAAAUUAGAAACUUGCUGGAGCCUUCUUAAGGUCUUCUACAAUAGUCGUGCAUAGUUUAGCUUAUAUUAUUUCAAAUGAUUUUUAAUUACAGCGUUACAAUCAGAUUAUUUUAACAGAGAUAAGUUUUUUGUAUUGCAGAUUCUGUGUCCCACAAGAAAGUCUUUGUUUAUGCAAUACACUGUGCAAUAAAGCGCAGUGCAGUUAUUUUCUAGCUUAAUUAGAACUUUGUUCUGUAUCACAAGCUUGAAAAACACAAAAUUUAUACUUAAUACAAUGGACGUGCGUUAUCGAACCAAAAAUGCGGGUACUACACUAAAAAAAUGAUUUUCAAAAGUUUGUUACGAAGCUAAAAUAGUAUUUGAUAAGAUGCCAAGUUAGAUGCAUUGGACCAAGGAAUAAUGUAAUUUUAAGUGUAGCUCACUUCACAUGCUGACGGUACAUAUAGCAUUUUUAAUAGAUGAAGGAGGUUAGGCAAGUGUGGAAUAUUUAAAGAUAUUUAAUGUGAAAAUAUUUUUUUUUUUGCAUAAAUAAUUUUAUUAACUGAAUAAAAAGCUUGUCAAUUAUUUAAAGUUUGGGUUAGUUCAAAAUAAUUUUACAUUGGCCUAAAUAUGAACCUAACAGUAUCAGUAAUAACAUAAUUUUUUGACUAAAUUUGUACACUACAGUGAUAUGAAACCUCUACUAUUUGAAAUUGCCUGCACUACCACAUUGCUGAGUAUCCAAAUAAACAAUUUUAUAUUUUUCACAAUUUUCAUUCAUUUAAAUAAUAUUCCACAUUGCCCAUUCUCCCGGAGAGGUUUAUAUUGAUAUUUUGACAAAACGUCUCCCUUCGUGUUAGAUCAAUGUGUCUUUAUAUUCUAAAUGUUGUUGAUGACGCGGCAUGAUAGCAGACUGAUUAAUUGAACAGGUGUUAUAUACUAUGUAAUUUUGAUUUUGAUCCUUUCAAUAGUACGAGCGACUAUGGUCAAUUAGUAAAUAUUUCCGUUGGGUUUUUUGUUGUAAUGUCUAUGGUUUUAUUUUGAGGUUACAGUUUGUUGGGAAGUGUUGUUCGGUAUUAUAGUUGUUUUUUCUGUUUAUAAAUGUAUGAAAAAUAACUCACUCACUCAGGUAUAUCUUAUUGCCUGAUACUUGAUACUUGGCGAUGUAAAAGAUAAAACAAAAAUAUUUUAACUAUAAUUAAUUAAUUAUAUACAUUAGAUACUUUUUUCUGGAAAUACCAUGACAGUUUUUAAUUGGAGAUGAUGGAAAUGUAUGUCCGUAUGGAUUAUUCGUGAAGUUUUUACUGGAAAUGACAAUAUACGCUAAAAAUCUACUCAAAGGAUCAAAAACAAUCAUUACCGUAUUUAAUUGUUGGAUGGCAAAGCGCGAUCACUGUUAGUGAUUUCUGUUCUUAUGCAGUAUUAUAAUGUGGGUAGUUAUGUGCAGGAGUUCUACAAUUUGGGUAGAUUUUUAUUACUCUGGCAACACUGAUUUACUAAUUAGGCAGCAACCCUAACGCGGCUUAAUAGCUUGACUGACUUAUGCUAUAAUUUGCCAAUUUAUGAACUAAUAGAGAAAUGUUUGUACUUUUAUAAGUGUUUAGUUAUUAAAUUGUCAACGCUAGCUAUCGGAGCUAUUCGCUUUUGGUGUAAUUUGUCCUAAGGGAUGAAGGGGAAAAGUUGAAUGAUAUAAUUUUUGUAAAAUAUCUGCUUCUGUAACGGAGAGGUAUUUGAAUUGAUUUGGUACAAAUAAAACAAUUCGAAUAUCGUCAAAAUAGUACAACCUUUUCAAAGAACAUUUAGCAUUUCUUUCGUCCACUCUCCCGUCUUGAUUGAGAAUAAAUAAUGUGUUCACUCUUUGAAACGGUAUGUAAUUUGACGUUAGUCGAAACGAGUUUUUAGAUGAAAUCUAAUUCGUACCAAAGUAGCACAUAACUGCCCCCAAAUAAUCAGAUGUAGCUAAAUAAAAUCUAUUAAGAUUAGGCGUUUCGAUGUUACUAUAUAGUUCACGAGUACCUAUAGUUAAAUACGCCAACUGUGUCGCGCAGUCGUUGUGAAAAUAUAUAUGUGUAAUGUCCUUUCAAUAGGUUAUCGUUUGUCUGAAUACUAAGUAGAUAAUGCUAGAUUCAGUACUUUUUCUUACUAAUGGUUUUGUUAAUGUUUUGGCACUGUAUUAAUUACCUUCUGAUAAAAAAAUAUAUAAUGAAAUAAAGUGU